CUUGUUUUUCUCCUUGAGCAACCGAUAUCCUCUGGCCUGUUCAAGCACGUUUGCAGUUGCUCUCCGUUUGUUGAAUCCGUUGGUGAGCUAUGGCUCUUUCAAUGACCUCGAAACUGCUGUUGAACAACGGAGCUCAUCUACCUGCCAUCGGAUUUGGAACAUAUCGCAUCUCGGAUGCUGCGCUCAAGUCCCUCCUGCCUACUGUGCUGCAGCAGGGAUACAGGCUGAUUGACUCGGCACCAUUAUACAGGAACGAGGCGGCGCUUGUCGGUGCCCUGCAGUCACUGGAGGAGUUUGGAUUGCAGAGGUCCGACCUCUGGGUGGCAAGCAAGGUACCACCCAUAGCCCAAGGCCGAGAGAAGUGCCGUGAAUGUGCCCUGGGAAUAAUUGAUCGGCUCGGCGGAAAGCUGGAUCUGCUGCUGCUUCACUGGCCUGGAGUGCAGGGGCGUAAACCUGAAGACCCAGAGCAAGCCGUACUGCGCAAGGAAAGCUGGGUGGAAUUGGAGAACCUGUACAGCCAAGGUAAAGUGGGUGCCAUUGGCGUUUCCAACCACACCGUCAAGCACCUGCAGGAACUGCUGACGUACUGCAGCGUGCCGCCGACUGUGAACCAGGUGGAGUUUCACCCACACCUGGUGCAAAGCGACCUGCUGCGCUACUGCAAGGAACAUCACAUUGUGUUACAGGCUUACUCGUCUCUCGGUGCAGCAGGCGGGGUCGAUGCAAUUCUUCAAGAGCCAGUUAUUGUGGAAAUAGCAGGUAAACACCAAAAGAAGCCAGCACAGGUGGUCCUACGAUGGGCUCUUCAACUCGGCAUAGCUAUCAUCCCCAAGUCAAGUAAAGCUCAACGAAUCGAAGAGAAUGCAAACAUCUUUGACUUUACACUCACUGAUGAUGAAGUUGCCGCCAUCAGUGGCUUGAACAAGAACAAGCACUACUGCUGGGACCCGACAAACAUUGUGUAAAGUAGGUGGACAAUGGCAUAGAACUUCUUAAUCCAUGUAAAAAUAAAGUGGUGUAGUUUA